AUGCAGCUCCUAGGCAAUGAUGACAGCAACGUAGCCGCCGUGCUUUGGUUUGAGGUGGUACCAGGUCUGCGAGAACGGUUGGACAGGAGUCAAACACAGAAUGAGGCGCCAAGUUCACUCCCAACUUCCUCUGAACAGAAAGACUCUGCGUCAACUUCAUGUCGACACAGCCUUACGAGACAUCAAAGACACGUUGACACUACAUCCAUUCCCCUUUGUCUGCUAGUAAGUGCAGGCCCGAGCGAUGAUUCACCGAAUCCACUAGCGGCGGCCAUCCCGUCAUGGCAGCCGUUGUAUCCUCUUGAGGAGGAGCUUUAA